UGUGACUGGCUGUUACCAGGGGCAACGAUACCGUGCCGUAUUCCCGGUGAGGGCGGAGACCCGGGAUAUCCAGGUGUGCCGGGAGCACCAGGUCCUAAGGGGCAGCCAGGCCUGCCUGGGGGUCCAGGUCGUCCAGGGUUUGAUGCACAGAAGGGAGAGAGAGGAGAGCCUGGCUUUGGAGGACAACCAGGCCCACAGGGUUUCCCAGGCCCCAGAGGGGACGCUGGGGGCCCAGGUAUCCCAGGAGGAGGGGGUCUCGGGGCCCCAGGGAAGGACGGGCUGCCGGGAAGGCCUGGUCAGAAGGGCCAGCCUGGGGAGGUGCUGGGGGCCAGCUCUGGGGCCCCAGGACUGAAUGGUCUCCCAGGGGGCCCGGGGGAGAAGGGCCUGCCUGGAGACUCAGGACUUCCUGGAGGACCCGGUUUCGACGGGCGUUCCGGCGUUCCCGGAGCCAAGGGUGAGCGAGGUCUGGACGGCUACCCCGGCGCCACCGGCCUCCCCGGUCUCCCUGGUGACGACCGAGUGGGAGGACUUCCUGGUUCCCAGGGUCCCGCGGGGCCCAAAGGAUUCCCUGGAGCACCAGGUUACCCGGGUGGGAAGGGAGCCAGAGGCGACGUUGGAGCCCCAGGGCCUGCGGGCAUGAAGGGCUCCUCGGGACAGCCUGGGCUUAACGGGCCUCCAGGACUCAGGGGCCCCCCGGGACCUCCAGGGCUUGGAACCAGGGAUGGCAUCCCUGGCUUGCCCGGACGGAAGGGCGAAAGGGGCUUCCCCGGAUUGGUGGGCUUCCCCGGAACGCCAGGCACCCCCGGGGGCCCUGGUCGCCCCGGGGGGAAAGGCUUGCCCGGGGUUCCGGGAAGGGACGGAGAACCGGGAUACUACGGACCCAAGGGACUCAAAGGUGACCGUGGUUACCAGGGUCCCCCAGGGCCCCCCUCCCUCCCCUUCAGGCAGGAGUAUGUGGAGAAGGGGGAUAACGGAGACAGCGGGGCCAACGGUCUGCCUGGCUUCACAGGACCCCGAGGUGACAAGGGUUUCCCAGGACAGCCUGGUCGCCAGGGUCUUCCAGGCCUGCCAGGGUUCCGUGACCAGAGCAAGGGGGACCCAGGCCAGCCUGGCCUGCCUGGGACCCCAGGUGCUCCAGGGUACCCUGGUCUCAAGGGGGCCUCUGGCAUCAUGGGCUUCCCUGGCUCAACUGGACCCAGGGGCGAUGAUGGAGGACCUGGUUUCCCCGGCAACCCUGGAAGCCCUGGCCAGCCCGGAGGCAAAGGUGAAAGAGGAGAAACUCGAGCCUUCACAGGCGCUCCUGGAGCCAAGGGCCAGCCAGGAGAGCCUGGGUACCCAGGUGGGCGUAGUACCGACGGAGCCCCCGGAGACAACGGUUACCCAGGAGGGCCUGGGUUCCCUGGACAGAAGGGAGCCCCUGGAGAACCUGGGAGGCCUGGACUACAAGGUACUCCUGGUUUCCCUGGCCCAAAGGGCCUGGACGGCUACCCAGGAGGCAGAGGUCUGGAUGGGCCUUCAGGUCAACCUGGGGGCCCUGGAACCUCCGGAGGCAAAGGUCUAUCUGGGUCUCCUGGCCUGGAUGGGCUCAACGGUCUGGGAGGACCUAAAGGACCUCCUGGAAACCCAGGUCAGGUGGAGGGGGGUCGUCAAGGCACCCCUGGGGCGAACGGGCUGAAGGGUGAGAGAGGAUCCUCUUACCCAGGACAGUCUGGCUACCCUGGGGGCAAAGGAGAGAGGGGAGUGCAAGGUGGUCCUGGGCAGCCAGGGUUCCCUGGUCUCCCUGGCCCCCGAGGAGAGACCGUAGGCUCUGAUAUCCCUGGACCUCUCGGUAACCCUGGCCUACCUGGUCUGGAUGGGGAGCAAGGUUUCCGUGGACCUCCAGGCCAAGCAGGGCCCCCCGGCCCCGGUACAGCCCAGGGAGACAGAGGUGACCCUGGGCUGCCAGGUUUCCCUGGCACCCCUGGGAGAAAAGGAGACCCUGGAACCCCCGGAGGGCCCGGCCUGAACGGAAACCCUGGGUUCAAAGGGCUGAGAGGCGAUUCGGGGUACAGUGGUAUCCCAGGAAGCCCUGGGUAUGCUGGAGACCCGGGAUACUUUGGAGGCAAAGGACCCAAGGGUCUGACAGGUCCUUCUGGGCGUAAGGGUGCCCCUGGCCGCAGUAUCCCACCCACAGACUACACCAAGCCCUAUGGGGACCAGGGCAUCCCGGGUCAGAAAGGACUUCCAGGAAUCCCCGGAGAACCCGGCCAGCCUGGCCUACCAGGGAGAGGAGGUCCUAAGGGCAGGCCCGGUGGGGCGGGGACGCUGGGGAGGGGGGGUUCUCCCGGGCUGGACGGACCAGUAGGAGAAGCUGGACCUCCUGGGUUCCCCGGACCCUUCGGAUUGCAAGGCGAGUCGGGUUCCCCCGGCCUCCAGGGCCCCCCCGGCAGCGUGGGCCGCAGCAGCAGCAUCGGCUACACCCUGGUGAAGCACAGCCAGAGCAGCCAGGUGCCCAUGUGCCCCCAGGGCAUGGCCCAGCUGUGGGAGGGCUACAGUCUGCUCUACGUGGAGGGACAGGAGAAGGCCCACAACCAGGACCUGGGUCUGGCCGGCUCCUGUCUCCCUCGCUUCAACACCAUCCCCUUCCUCUACUGCACGCCCAGCGAGAUCUGCUACUACGCCUCCCGCAACGACAAGUCCUAUUGGCUGUCCACCACGGCGCCCAUCCCCAUGAUGCCGGUGGUGGAGCAGGAGAUCCGGCCGUACAUCAGCCGCUGCUCCGUGUGCGAGGCGCCGUCGCAGGCCGUGGCCGUGCACUCUCAGGACCAGACCAUCCCCAUGUGCCCCGCCGGCUGGAGGAGCCUGUGGAUAGGACACUCCUUCCUCAUGCACACGGCGGCGGGUGCGGAGGGCGGCGGCCAGUCCCUGGUCUCCCCGGGCUCCUGCCUGGAGGACUUCCGGGCCACGCCCUUCAUCGAGUGCAACGGCGCCAAAGGCACGUGCCACUACUUUGCCAACAAGUACAGCUUCUGGCUGACCACAGUGGACCCCGAGCGGCAGUUUGAGCACUCCCCCACCCCCGACACCCUGAAGGGAGGCCUGGAGAGGUCAAGGGUCAGCCGCUGUCAGGUCUGCAGUAAGCUCCUGUGAGGGAGGAAGAGGAGGAGGAGAGGAGGAGGAGGGCCGUGAGGGCUGGAGGAAGAGGAGGAGGAGAG